AUGCACCUGGACAACGGGACGUUAAACUUCGGCCACGGCUUGGACUUUGAGUCCGGGAAGACGAAAAAAGCGGAAAAGAGACCGCCGACGCAGAUUGAAAUCAUGGCGGAGAUGGAACGCGAGAAGCAAGCGAAGAAGGAGGAACGCAGAUUGGCGCGAGAAGCCAAGAAGCAAGCCCGUCUCGAACAGGAGGAGUUUAUAAGAAACGGCGGCAACUUGAAGUUGUCCAAGAAGGAAAAGAGGAGAUUGGAAGCGGAGAUGGAAAACUAA